ACUUUUAUAUUUUCUGCGAACAGAAUGAAAAUCCUGUAUCUCCAUCCCAGCCUGGUUUGCGUUCAUGUCGAACUUGUCCAAGUUAGUUGGGCCAAAGCCAACGCAAAACUGAAAGCAUACCAGCCCUAGAUGAUGAGGAGCCGGUGGCUACAUUUGGUACAACCAGGCAUCUCUCAAGACUCGAGAGCGUAGCUAAAAUAGUCAACUCAUUGGGAAAACUCAGAUGUUUAGCCCCUAUAUAACAAAUGAGUAGUGUGAGCUUUUAGAGUGAACACAUUUUGCGCCUCUUUAGUAUCGCCUUCUUUCUCCUCCUACCUCAUUCCAUUACAUUUCCAGAUUAAAAUAUUUGAGGUUCUAUUCAUCAUCAUCUGGCAGUAUCAGUCAGUGGAGGAAGUGGGAUUAGAUUAGUAUUAUCAAGGAAUCCGAAUAAUAUAGCUUUAUAAUUUUUAAUUACAAUGGCUGCUACACUAAUCAUGUCUUCUUCUCCAACCCCUAACUUAAACGAUAGUACGAUUAAUAAUCUUAUAAAUAAACCAAAAAUUUCAUCAAAUUUUGGUUUCUUGACUCAAUCUAACUGGAGAAUUUCUCAGAAGAAGAAGAUUAAUAGUAUCGCCACUAAAGAAAAAACAAAUCCUAAAUUUGGAUCUAUAGUCGUGUCAGCAUCAGCAUUGGACUCAAUGUCGUCGUCAACGUCUUCUUCGUUGGAAUUCGAUGUUGUAGUAGUAGGAGCUGGAGUUAUCGGGUUGACGAUAGCUCGUCAAUUUCUGAACGAGUCAGAUACUUUAUCUGUUGCUGUUGUUGAUGCUUUUGUUCCUUGCUCUCAUGGUGCUACUGGUGCUGGUCAAGGGUACCUAUGGAUGGUACACAAAACACCAGGAGCCGAGAAAUGGGAACUUGCUAUGAGAAGCAAGAGAUUAUGGGAAAUGCUGGCUGAAACCAUGCAAGAUCAAGGCAGGGAUCCUUUGGAUCUAUUGGGCUGGAAGAAGACAGGAAGCUUGUUAAUUGGAAGGACACAAGAAGACGCUUCCGCGCUAAAAGAGAGGGUGAAGCUGCUAUCUGAAGCUGGACUGAGAGCUGAGUACUUGUCUUGUGAAGAUUUGCGUUUAAAGGAACCUUCACUUGAGAUACAGAAAGAAGGUGGAGCUGGUUUUUUACCAGAUGACUGCCAAUUGGAUGCUCGGCGGACUGUUGUAUUUCUUGAGAAGGAAAACAGGCAAUUUGCCUUGAGAAGCAGAUAUGCAGAGUUCUAUAACGAGCCAGCACUUCGACUAAUAAGAUCAGACAAAACUGGAGAGGUUGAAGCUGUUCAAACUUCUAAGAAUCUAUUGUACUGUAAGAAAGCUGUUGUCGUCGCAGCAGGUUCAUGGAGUGGAUCCCUGAUGAAAACCCUGCUCCAGGAGUCAAACAUACAAGUAGAUGUCCCUGUAAAGCCUCGUAAGGGCCACUUGCUUGUGAUAGAGAAUUUCAAGGCAAUGCAACUUAACCAUGGUCUUAUGGAGGUGGGGUACAUAAAUCAUCAAUUUACUUCAUCUGCGCCGGAGGAUGCUCGGACCUUAUCUGUUUCAAUGGCUGCCACAAUGGAUUCAGUCGGGAACCUUGUUCUAGGGAGCAGCCGUGAGUUUGCUGGGUUCGAUUGGGAAGUCGAUGAUUCAAUCAUUGACCAGAUAUGGGCACGUGCUGGGGAAUUUUUUCCGCCUUUAAGAGAAGUGUCCCUCGAAGAUCUUACCAAGAACAGAAAAGUGAGAGUUGGACAUCGCCCUUAUAUGCCAGGUGGAAAACCAAUGAUUGGACCUGUUCCUGGUCUUCCGAAGUUAGUACUUGCAGCUGGACACGAAGGAGAAGGACUUUCACUGGCUUUGGGGACUGCUGAAAUGGUGGCUGAUAUGGUGUUGGGAAAUACUGGGAAAGUCAAUUUCACACCCUACUCUGUCCGUGGACGGGAACGCUGAUCAAAGGAUGUUUGUUGUUUGCUCGACUUGCUUACCUACUGUAAAUAAUUGACCUUUUACAGUCCUGAACUCCUGAUUGUAUUACUGUUUGUACAGUAAUUCCUUAAUGAAUUACUAAUAUAUAUUAAGUUAUCGCGGCUUAUACAAAGCGAAACGAAUGAGGC